AUGGGUUUACAACUAUCCUACUUGACCUGGGGCUACAUGCAGGAGCUCAUUAUGACAACUACGUUUACCCCUACUCCCCGUGUUCCUAGCGGUAAAUUCCCGUCUGCUGCGUUUUGUGUCUUUUCCAACCGAUUUCUAGCGGUGAUCGUCGCCUUGUUGGCAGUCCGCUACAAGCACGGAGCCUUUUUCGCCAACAAUACGGCCCCACUGUGGGCCUUUACGCCCUGCGCGCUUAGCAACACGUUGAGCAGCUGGUCGCAGUAUGCCUCCCUCAAGUACGUUUCCUUUCCGGUCCAGACAGUUUUCAAAAGCUCCAAGAUCAUUCCCGUCAUGGUCAUGGGCAAGGUUCUCAAAGGAACGUCGUAUCCGAUGAAUCAAUACUUUGAAGCUUUGUUGAUUACUAUUGGUGUCGCCAUAUUUUCCAUAAUGUCCAAAUCUAGCGACAAAGCCGAAGCUUCCACUGAGAUUCUGGGCCUCAUUUUCCUGCUCAUUUAUAUUUGUUUCGACUCCUUUACGUCACAAUGGCAAGACAAGGUCUACACGCAGUAUGGACGAGUUAACGUGGAUCCAUACCAGAUGAUGCUGGGCGUUAACGUGUCGGCCAUUUGUAUCACAACCGCUGGUCUGAUUGUGACGGGAGACAUCCCCGUUGUCUUCGAAUUCCUCGUGGCCAAUCCUGAAGCGUUUCGCUACAACAUCAUCACCGCCAUUACUUCAGCGUCGGGGCAGCUUUGCAUUUUCUACACCAUCAAGGAGUUUGGACCGAUUGUUUUCACUAUCAUCAUGACAACGCGACAAAUGCUUUCUAUUUGCAUUUCCGCGAUGUUGUUUGGGCAUCAGAUUUCCCUCAAAGCAGCAUCGGGUGCUGCGGUGGUAUUUGGUGUUUUGUUU